AUGGCUCCCAUACUCACCACCAACCCCUCAAUAACUAUCAUUCCCGAACUUCUAACCCCAGAGAACUUCGCCCAGUUCGGUACGGCAAUCUGCUCGCCUGUUCCUCGCGAUCUCAACAUCGCCCCCAAUCCCAAAAAUCUCCCACCAUUCAACCCAAGCCCGGUGCUGGCAAACCAAAACUCUGCCCUGAAGUACAGUCCUAUCUCCCCGCUCAUCGACCGCUACGCGCAAGGUCCCAACAAAAUCGCAUCCGAAGCCCGCAUGACUAUGUUCUGUUGCUUCCCGCGUAAACUACGCACAACGGCUUCACCAGAGAAGGAACUUUUCGAUGUGCGGAUUCUCGAGCGCCACCCGUUCACGAACCAGACGUUUAUUCCCAUCGACUUGUCGAGCCAUUCGAAGGUCGGAGAUGGCGAAGAAGAGCCCAAUUUCUUGAUUGUCGUUGCGCCUACGCUGAAGGGGAGACUGCGACGGCGAAGAAUGAGACCGGGGAAACGAUUACGAUUCGCGAUCCGCCUGAUUUGA